AUGCCUCCCCCUCCUCUCCAAAUCGCAUACAAGCGUAUCAAGCAACCGGCCCUCGGUGAAAACGGCUACGCGGGCUUCCAACCUGGCCAAAAGGAAGUUCUACCUAAGGGAUGGAAUGGUUUCAAUGCAAAGCCUCUCAAAAGCGACAUUCUCGUUGAGCACGAUGUUGAAAUCGUGGUACGCGACGGUGCUAGGCUGUAUAUUGACGUAUAUCGUCCAGCGAACACAACGGAGAAGGUUCCCGCGGUCCUCAGUUGGUCAUUCUAUGGAAAGAAAUACAGUUCUUUGGAGAUGCUUCCCAUGACUGUCUGGAAGUGCUGCGUUCCCCGUGAAGAUCUUAGUGGCAUUGAGAAGUUCGAGGGUCUUGAUCCGCAAACUUGGUGUCCACGGGGGUAUGCAAUCAUUAGCGUCGACACACGCGGCGCAGGACAUAGUGAUGGCUUGAUUAGUGUCAUGGGAACUCAGGAUGCAGAAGAUGGAUACGACGUGGUCGAAGCAAUAGCGAAAAUGGACUGGUGCAAUGGUCACGUCGGAAUGGCUGGUAAUUCGGCAUUGGCCAUUUCGCAAUGGCUCAUCGCAUCUCAGCAGCCACCUUCGCUGAAAGCCAUUGCUCCCUGGGAAGGAUCUGGAGAUAUUUACCGAGAACAAUUCUGCCGUGGUGGUUGGUUCUUCAUGAGCAAUUUUGAUCUCAUAGCCAAUGCCAUUGUACGCGGACCGACCAACUCAGGGUUGGAAGAUUUUGAAGAAAUGUACCGCCGCUCGAAUGUUUCGAAUGCAUUCUGGGAGGAUAAACGAGCCGAUAUGACAAAGAUCCAGUGCCCUGUUUACAUCAGAGGAAGUGACGUAUCCGCCAUUCACACAAUGGGCAGUGUUCGUGCAUGGUUAGAAAUACCGCAUUCAAAGAAGUGGAUUCGCUGGGGAAGUAAACAGGAAUGGUAUGAGCUAUACAGUGAGCCUCAGUCGGAAAAGGAGCUAUUCCUGUUCUUUGAUCGCUACUUGCGAGGAAAUAAGGACAAUGGCUGGGAGAAGACCCCAAAAGUACGCUGGUCAGCACUUCGAUUCGGCGAUCGUCCAGCUAUCGACGACAUCAUUCUCGAGGAUUUCCCGGCUCCUAACACUGAGUAUCGGGAACUCUUUCUCGCCAAAGAUGGUCUCUUACGAACAGAAGCCCCAUCUAACACCAGCGUCGGAACUGUUUCGUAUAACUCAGAACAACGGGAGUCUAUUGCGGAAUUCUCUUACACUUUCGACAAAGCAAAGCAGCUCAUCGGUCUCCCUAAGGCUAUUCUGUAUGUCUCCAAUGAGAAACAAGACGACUUCACCGUCUUUGUCAUCCUUCGUAAACGAGAUCGGAAUGGAAAGUUGCUCAUGCACUUGAACUUUCCCAUCGAAGCAACUCCUGUCAACUCUAUUGAUGAGAUACCCGAGAAGGAUAGAAUGAGUACAAAUCUUCACCUGGGAUCAACUGGAAUUUUGCGUGCAUCACAUCGUGUAUAUGAUUCUGUUAAGAGCAUUCAUCCCCAGUUCCCCUUCCAUCCACACAUGAAGCAAGAGAAGGUAAAGCCUGGGGAGAUUGUGAAACUGGAGAUCGGAAUAUGGGCUAUGGGUUAUGAUUUUGAAGAGGGAGAGACUAUCUCCUUACAGGUUUCCGGGCAAUAUCCAAGUAUCGCAGAGUUCAAGAGCUUUUCCCAACCUCGGCCGCAGCAUGAGUUGAACAAAGGUCUGCAUACGAUCCAUAUUGGAAAAGAAUAUCCCAGCUCGGUCAUCCUGCCUUUCAUUAAGCAGUGA